UUCAUUCUCUGGUAUGUUUUCAGAAUAGGCCUAUAUAUAAACGCAAGAACAAUGUCUCUCUAUGAUGGAUUAGGUUUGGAUAGUAAUCAAGGUGAAAAAGCAACCGGGUGGUCUUCCAGUUUCACAAUGCUAAAGUCUCAACUUGAAGCAAAAAAGGCAGCUUUAACAAAGGCAAAGCAUGAGAAGUUUCGAAGUGGUAACCCUGUUGUUGCUCCUGUGAUUAAUUUGAAUAAAGCAGUAAAAACAGAAGAACAGCUUGAUUACAGCCAUGAUGACAAACUAGUGGAUACAAAGCCUAGUCCGUUUCUUGGUGGAGAGAGUCUUGAUCAAUUUGAAGAUGAGUACGAUCCUAGGUAUCCGAAUGAAUAUGAAAAAGUUACACGAAAAAGAAGAGAAAGACGUCAGCGGGAAAGAGAAGAGGAAAGGCAGAGAGAAAUGGAGGACAGACGGAAAAGAAGAGAUUCAAGACAUUCGGAUCGUGAUAACAGACGAGAUGAUCGAGCACCCCAUGGUAGGUUUGGUGGGCCAGGAAGUGGAUUUUCGCGACGACCUGCAUCUGACGAGGAUGAAGAAGAUGAUGAUUACGAACGAGAAAAACGUAUCAGAAUGACCCAGGGAAGUAAAGCUGCAAUCGCACCUCCAACUAUUCUUAUAGAAGAAGAUAAAAAAGCUGAAAUUGCUCCUCCACCGCCUCCUUUAGCAUUAGCAGGUGGAGCUGGAACACAAUUUGCACGAAAUAUGGCAGGUUCUGUAGCACACAAAAUCAUGACAAAAUAUGGAUUUAAAGAAGGAUUGGGUCUUGGAAAAGGAAACAGGGGCAUCAGUCAUGCAUUACAGGUUGAGAAGACAAGUAAACGAGGAGGUAAAAUCAUACCAAGUUCUCAAAUUGAAAAACAACUUGAAGAAGAGAAGAAAAGGGAACAGGAAGAAAAAGAAAGUGUAGCUAAUUUGUUAAAGAAUCCUACAAAGGUCGUUUGUCUUCGUAACAUGGUUGGGCCUGGAGAAGUUGAUCAAGAAUUAGAAGGUGAAACAUCGGAAGAAUGCAGCAAAUAUGGGGAAGUUAGGAAAUGUAUGAUAUAUGAAAUGGUUGGACAACAAGAAGAAGAAGCAGUUAGAAUAUUUAUAGAAUUUGAAAGACUUGAAUCUGCGAUCAAAGCAGUUGUGGAUUUAAAUGGAAGAUAUUUUGGCGGAAGGACUGUGAGAGCUUGCUUUUACGAUGUUAGUAAAUUUCGUGAUCUACACCUUGGGGAUCCUCUCUGAGCUGACUGCCACUAACAGCUUUCCAUAUCAUCUGACGGGAACAAUGUGUUUGCUGCAAGCAAGAAUAUCGCCAUUCUGAGGAAAAUGCUAAGAUUCAGGUCAAGAAAAGCAAGGACUUCGAACUUGAAACAUGCAAUCAUGCCAUGUCUACAUAUCUACAAUACGUCCACCGGGACUGAUAUAAAUCCAAUUUAUUUUCUUGUAAUAUCUAAAGAAAAUUUUUUUACAGUUCAAUUUGAUAGCUUAAGAUUGAUUAGCUGGGGUCUGCUGAUUCCUGUGGACAAGUACGGGUUUCCAAGCAGAAUUAAGCGCAUAUGCGGAGCUAGCAAUGUUGAUAUGCUUAGAUAGAUAUGAUACAGGUUAAAAAGGUCUUUCGACUUUUAACGCACUCACAACUUCACAUAAGGUUGCACAAUGAAUAAACUUGUCCCAUCUCAUCGUGAACAAGCAACUAAAAGACACUAAUGCUAUGUCCUGGUGCUUGAUAAUUGAAAUCCUCAAAUCCAACAAAUUCAAAACAAAGGGAGUGAUGUUUUCUUGUUCUUUUGGUUAGGUUGAUAUGACAAUCUAAGGUUUAUAUUCUCACUGGACAAUGCUGUGCAAAAUGGAUUCUUCUGUUAACAGAUCUCAAA